UCUUCCUUUUACUUCCUGUUCAUAGUAGCGGCUACCGGCUAGGUGGCUAGGGCAUCUUCUUUCCACAUUCUUCUCCAAAGCGCGGGAAGAGUGACUCGUUUAAACACGACAACUGGUGGUUUUGGACAUCUGAAAAUGGUGAAGCUAUCCGCGGAGUUAAUCGAGCAGGCUGCUCAAUACACCAACCCGGUCAGAGACCGAGAGCUCGACCUGAGAGGUUAUAAAAUUCCAGUUCUGGAAAAUCUGGGGGCCACUCUGGACCAGUUUGACACGGUGGACUUCUCGGAUAACGAAGUCCGCAAACUGGACGGCUUCCCGCUCCUCAAACGACUCAAGACGCUGCUGAUGAACAACAACAGGAUUUGUCGUAUCGGAGAGAACCUGGAGCAGAGUCUUCCCAGUCUCCGAGAACUCAUCCUGACCAACAACAACAUCCAGGAGCUGGGCGACUUGGAGCCGCUGGCGUCGGUGAAGACGUUGACGCUGCUCAGCUUGCUGAGGAAUCCCGUGACCAACAAGAAGCACUACAGGCUCUACGUCAUCAACAAAAUCCCGCAGAUCCGCGUGCUGGACUUCCAGAAGGUGAAACUCAAGGAACGCCAGGAGGCGGAGAAAAUGUUCAAAGGCAAACGCGGCGCUCAGCUGGCGAAGGAUAUCGCCAAGCAGAGCAAAACGUUCACGCCCGGAAUGGCAGCGCAGCUGGAGAAGAAGAGGACGGGCCCGUCGCACGCCGACGUGCAAGCCAUCAAGAACGCCAUCGCUAAGGCGACGUCGCUGGCCGAGGUGGAGCGCUUGAAAGGAAUGCUGCAGGCCGGACACAUCCCGGGACGAGAGCUCGCCACAGAUGGCGCUGGCGAGGAGGAGGAGGAAGAAGAAGAAGCGGCCCACGCAUCCCAGAUGGACACUCGGGUGGAAGAAGGCGAAGAAGACAUGGAACAAGAUCCUCACGUCAACGGAUCCUGAAGACUUUCACUUCCUUUUUUUUUUGUUUUUUUUUUGUAAUUUUGAUUUUUAAGUAAAAUGACAUUAAAGGUCCCAUAUUUUGUCUAUUUUGACCUCAA